AGACAACUAAUGGAUUUUUAAUCAGUUCGUUUACAUCUUGUUAUUAACAUGACAGUUUUCAGACUACUUAUCAUAUUUUGCACUAUGCGUCUCUCCUGGCCCCUACAGUACCGUUACUGGAACAAAUAUCAUAUUUGGGACACGACGCUGAAAGUACCUGCAGCUUUGAUCAAUGUUAUGAAGACGUACCACCAGAAUGCUCGCGUCAGAUCCACUGAGCUGAACGAAAUGCGGUUCAUGUAUGAAGAAUCUCCGCAUUAUGAAGAAGGAUACGUCAUGAGCGAACUGGUUGAUAGAUACAAAAAGAUGGUGUAUCACGUCAAACACCCGAUGGAGCACCAAUCCGACAACGUGUUCGAGACUCUUCGGCACCUUGAACUGGUUGAACACCUCGGCCAAGAGAUCUACCACCUCUCCCAUAUGAUACACGAGAUCCCACGGAAGUAUAGACAAAUACCAGAAUUUGCCAAUUUAGAAAAAGAGAUAGACAUGGCCAAAGUUCAAGAAGAGAUGAAAAACUUGAAGGAACAAGAAAGACUUCAGAAGAGAGAGAAAAAGAAGGCUGCUAAAGUGUUGAAGAAGUUGAGAGAGCUUGCGAUGGCGCAAGGACAGAAGGUGAACUACCCUCCGAAGAUCAGAAAUAAGUGGUGGCCCAUCGACUAUGGGUGGGAGAUAGAUUAUUAUUGGUAACUGUUACUGACAGAA